CCAUUGCGUAGAACGUCCCGCGCAAACAACACGUCCCGAGACAUAUCAGAGUCAAGGUCCACCGGUUCCCUCCACGCUCACGCUUCUCUCUCUUUGGUCUCAGCUUCCUCGAUAUCUUCGCUUUUCUCCAUUCUCCUGUCAGAGACCCCUCUCUCCAAACCCUCGUUCCCAUCCCUCUUUCCUUUCUCUUCAAGCAAUCUCAGGCAUCUCUCUUCCUCUCAUGCAUUCGACGCCUGUGACUGAGAUUGAGGUUGAGCUUGAGCUUGACGCCUGCUCGCCCCUGUGCUAGCCUGGGCUCGAGGCCAAAUGCAUCCCAGCGCCGGACCGGCGUCGCCGUCGUCCACGUCCAAACCCACCCUGGAAGUCAUCACCCAACUCCUCUCUUUCCUUCUCCUUUCGUCUCUUUCCGUCAAGUCCUUCAUCGGACGGUGGCAAGUCCUCCGCUCUAAGCUCUCAAGUCUGCAGUCCUCUAUCGUUGAAAUCUCCGAUUCGCCCCACUGGUCGGAAAAUCCUCUUUUCCAAACCCUCAUUCCGAGUCUUGUAUCCACUCUCCAGCGCCUCAAGUCGCUCUCUGAUCAAUGCGCCGACUCGGCAUACGCCGGCGGGAAGCUUCUCAUGCAGAGCGACCUCGACAUGGCCUCCGCUUCACUCUCGAAACAGCUUCAUGACCUCGACUUACUCCUCAGAUCCGGUGUCCUCCGCCAAUCGAAUGCGAUUGUUCUUUCGCAGCCUGGUCCUGGUUCGGCCAAGGAGGAUUUAGGGUUCUUUGUUAGAGAUCUUUUCACGAGAUUACAAAUCGGAGGCAUCGAGUUCAAGAAGAAAGCUUUGGAGUCGCUGCUUCAGCUUCUGGCAGAUGAUGAAAAAGCUCCAGUUACGGUGGCGAAGGAAGGUAACAUUGCGUAUUUGGUGCAUUUGCUUGAUAUGAAUAAUCAUCCCUGUAUUCGAGAACAAGCGGUUACGGCGAUUUCUGUACUGGCGUCUGCCAGCGAUCAAUCUAUAAAAUGCGUUUUCGAAGAAGGCGGCUUGGGGCCUUUGUUGAGAAUCCUUGAAACAGGAUCGGUGACACUGAAGGAGAAGGCGGCGAUUGCCGUGGAGGCUAUCACUGCCGAUCCCGAAAAUGCGUGGGCGGUUUCUGCAUACGGCGGUGUCUCGAUAUUGAUCGAAGCGUGCCGAUCUGCUACUUCGUCGACGCAGACGCACGCUGUUGGUGCCCUUAGAAACGUAGCUGUCGUGGAAGAUAUUAGAAACUCGUUGGGGGAGGAAGGAGCUGUUCCGAUACUAGUCCAAUUACUGGCUUCCGGCAGCGGGCCAGCCCAAGAAAAGGCCGCGAACUGUAUAGCGAUCCUCGCCUCUUCCGGUGAGUAUUUUAGAGCUCUGAUAAUACAAGAAAGAGGAUUGCUGCGAUUGAUGCAAUUGCUUCAUGACCCAUCAAGUUCGGAAGCGUUAGAACACGUCCUCCGAACGCUCAUCUCACUCUCAGCCUCCGAUUCCAUAUCCAGAUCCUUGUCCUCAUCAACCGCUUUCAUCAUCCAACUCUCAGAGUUGAUCAAGCACGGAAACAUUAUUCUACAGCACAGCGGUGCCUCUCUGCUCGCUCAUCUGUCCAUAAGCGACGGGAACAAACGCGCCAUUGCCAGUUGUUUGGCUUCUCUGGUGAAGCUAAUGGAGUCGUCGAAGCCUGUGGGAUUGCAGGAGGUGGCGGCACAGGCACUCGUUUCAUUGCUGACCGUUCGAUCAAAUCGAAAAGAGUUGGUUAGGGAUGAGAAGAGUGUGAUGAGGUUGAUGCAGAUGCUGGAUCCUAAGAGUGAACUAGUAUGUAAAAAGUUUCCUGUGGCGGUCGUCGCCGCGACUCUCGCCGGAGGGAGUCAGGGUUGUCGUAAGAGGUUGGUAGCUGCCGGGGCUUACCCUCUGUUGCAGAGGCUCGCCGAAACAGAGGUCCCCGGAGCCAGAAAGGCGUUGCAAAGACUGGCCGGAAAUCGGCUGAAGAGCAUCUUCAGCAGGACUUGGAGGGAAUAACCAGCAAAGCAACUAACCCCGACCAGCAAAGGAGGAGGAGGAGGCCGUUUGGAUUUUCUAACUGUCGAAGAGGGAACUAGUUUUCCUGGACUGAGCAACCAACAAACACACACUUCGUAUACGCUUUAAUCAAUUAAACUUAUAAUAUCAUUUAAUAUUAUAUGUCACAGCGGCAUGGAUGCGGUUUUUAGGGAGUAUCCUUGUUUUUUCUUUUCUUCUUUUUUUAUUUUUAUUUCUUUCUUUUUAAUUUAAUUUUAAUUCAUUCACUCAUGAAAGCUGCAAGAGUGUAAGAGGGAAGUUGAUGAAGUCUGUUAUUACUAGUAUUAUUUCGUUUUUUUUUUUUUUUUGAAAUUCGAAAUGUUCUGAUUAUCACCUCUGCUUGAUAAUGUACAUCCCAGGAGUCUUUGUUCCUAUAUAUGUAAUGUACACUGAGUAGUCUAGUUGGAAAGUGUGUAACCGUUUUAGUGUGCCUCAUUUUUUACUUUGAUUAGUGUGGAUUUUGUUAUAUCA